ACAAAAUCCAUAUAAAGAAAAAUGUGUAAUAUUGAAUGGUCAUAUAAAUUAUGGACUAGUGUCAUGUGAGUGAAGAAACAUGAACUACUUGCAAAAUGAAGAAAGCUUCUCCUUCAAGUCUACAUCUUCUUCCAAAGCCGGGCUAUUUUCCGAUGACGAAGAAGGCGGUGUUUUUGAAUUAUCUCUGCCACCACAACCAUCCUUGAUCACUAAAACCAAUGAUAAUAUUCAUGAAAAAGAAGAGGAAUUUGAAUUUUGCUCCUCACUGAAUUCAUCUUCUACCCUUGUCAACUUUCCCAUUUCCACUUUCCACCAUCCCAAACCAGCCACAAUCACCUCCUCUACUACUGCAGAGAUCCAUAUUGAAAAUCAUUAUCAUUUCAAAUAUCAGAAAAAAGUUAAUAAUUUAUUUAAUAUAAAUCAUGGACGCAUUAUUCGAAGCCCACGAUGUCAUCAAGGCCAAGAAGUAACACGGUUGCGGAUAUUUGAUAAAACUCAACGCGAUUCAGCAAGGUUUAGUUGCAUAAGGAAAAUCAUGGUGAAACUAACAUCCAUCAAGACCAUUUUACAAGAUACAAAAUCCCGAUCACUUCAGCAGUCACCGACAAACAAAGUCAACAAGAAGAUUCCCAUGGACAACAAGCCAAAUAAAUUAGGCAUUCAAAGAGACUCUAGCGAUAUGGUCAACACAAAUAGUAACAAGAAACGAAACAAGCAAGAGGAGAAAUCAUCAAAAAGUGGUUUUAAUAAGAUGUUUGGUGGGUUUAUGAAGAAUAUAGGCAUAUGUCGAAGGUCGAAACACGUAGGUAGUAAAAGUUGUCCAGUCUCAAUCAAAUCUUCACCAAUGCAUGAUAAUGAUGUUCGGGAUACUUGUGAUGAACGUAGGAACUCGUUUUACUUGAAAGAUCAUUCCAUUCAGGGAGCUAUUGCUCACUGCAAAAAAUCUUUCGGAAAAUGAACAUAUGCUUUAAUUUUAUAAUUAUGAAUUUCUCCCACCUUUGUAUUAAGUUUUUUCAAAAGUCACAAGGAUUAGAUUUCCAAUCCAAUUAAUCUAUGGCUAUUGUUAAUUCAACUCUACGGUUGUAAGAUUAUCCCCUUUAAUCCAGUUUUUCAGUAAAUUGCCUAAAAUAAGUUUUGGAUCACAAACAAUGACCUAUAGUUUGAUGGUUAUCAUCCUUUUUGACAUAACACAAGAAAUCAAACAUGGUUAACAACCAGAGAUCAAAACCAUCCACCAUCUUCCCGUCCCACCAUCUAUCAUCCCAAGAUAUCAGCAACAGGUGGUGGGGGUGGGGUGGUGAUAGGUGGUGGAAAGAUGAUUCCAGCCCCGAGAACUGGUGGUUGUAACGCAGCAGAACAACGGAAAGUUAUGGUCGUAGCAGAUCCAACCCGUGAGUCAGCAGCUGCUCUUCGUUAUGUUCUAUCUCACGUAGUAUUCGAGAAUGAUACAUUGUAUCUUCUUCACGUUGAGAAUCCUACCUUUUGGAAGAACAGAAUUCCAGGUUUCAUGAACCAAUCAUCACCAUCUUCAACAACCCCUUCCUGUAAUGAAGGCGUAAAUGGCCAUUGGGGUGGUGGUGGUUGCAUCGGAGGAAAUGUUGACUUUCUUGAUCAAAUGAAGGAUGCAUGUGAAAGCAUGCACCCAAAGAUGAAGGUGAAGGUGAUAAAGGUUGAAAUGGGUGCUAUGGAAAAAGCUAACGUGAUUUUAUCACAGACGAAUGUGUAUGGAAUUGAUCUUCUUGUUGUAGGAAAGCGUCAGAGCCUAUCAACCGCAAUACUAUGGCAAGGGAGGAAUGGGACAAUAAGAGGAGAAUUAGCAGAGUAUUUGGUAGAGAACUGCAAAUGCACCUGUGUUGCAGUGCAGAAAAAGAGUCUAACAGGAGGCUACCUUCUCCAUACCAAAACGCAUAGAAAUUAUUGGCUCUUAGCAUAAAGGGCCAAGAACUUUGUGAUUUGAUCACUUGUCUCUUAUUAGUUAUCCCUUCAUUUCAUAAAACAAAGUACAUAGAAUCCAACUUCCGAGGACACACUCGGCUCUUCAAAAUCCAAAACUGAAACGAAUUGUUUAAGCUUCACCAUAUAUAUACAUGAAAAUAUCAAUUCGAAAGAAGGAAAUGUUAUGUUUUA